AAUAAGGGGCCAAGCACAGCCUAUGUUGGUUUCAAUGGACCGGAUCGAUCUUAAUUUGGUAUUUUUUUAUUUAUUUAUAAUAUAUAUGUUAUGAUAUGAUUGUCCAAAAAGCUAAAUAAACAUUAUUAUGUCGAAUUUGGUAAAUGUAUAUUUUAAGCAAUGGCGGAGGUGCUUCUAGAAACAUCAAUAGAAUUACUGGAGUCGUGACAAACCUUCAAUAAUUAUUUAAUAAAUCUGUAACAUAUGGAGGACUUAGAUACAAGUCUGUAUUUAGUUAUACACUUGAAACCAACACGCAACAUGUAUUCGUUAAAGCUGCUUUUUUCUAUAUAUAUUUUUGCUUUUGCAAAAGCCAGUGUGGACGACUGUACUGUAACUCAAGUGGAUGAAAUUGCAAAACUCUUAGAAAAAUGUGACGACAUUCAAAUUGGAGAUUUAACCGUUCCAGCUACAGGACCUCUACCCGUUUUUAAUCUGAAUGGAAAAAAUCUUACGAUUAAUGGAAAAUUGAGUUUUGAACCUAGAUACGAUGAUUCACAGGCUCUGUUAACCAUCACUGGUCGCAAUUUUUUCGUUAAAAAUGGACCAAAUGGAGUCAUUGAUGGUCAAGGUGCUUUAUAUUGGGACGGCAAAGGUAUUCUCAGUGAUAGGAGGAAACCCCUCUUGGUCAACAUAGAUCAGGCUAAAAAAGGACACUUUCAAUCUUUAUUAAUUAAGAACUGUCCCCAAACAUGCGCAGAAGUCAGCAGAAGCAAUGAUAUUGUUAUCAGUGGAUUGAAUGUAGACGUAUCUGAUGGAGAUAAGGACGGCCUAGCAGUAGACACCCACGGGCUCUCAUUCGUCAAUUCCAGCGCCAUCGAUGUCAAGAAUAUCAGAAUCAUAAACCAAGGUGCAUGCUUACUAGUAAAGCAAGGUGACUCUAUCAAAGUGUUCAGCGUACAAUGCAUUGGAUCAGAAGGAGCGAUCAUCAGACCUGACUGGACUUACGCGAACCACAUAGGAAACAUCAGCUUCGAAUACGUUUUUCUAACCAGAACUCAGGCAGGAAUUAGAAUACAGACGUCACCUCAUCAACCGAGCGGUGUCAUUAAAGAUGUUACUUUUCUGACCACACAAGUUGCAGAUACCAAAUUCAGAGGGAUUGAUAUUACCCAAGAUUAUGGCGAUGAAGGUCAUCCAGCCAGUAACAUCAAAAUCACUAAUCUCAAUAUAAAAAGUGUAACAGGUUAUAUGACAGAUAAAUACGUAAGAGCUGUCUACAUCAAUUGUGGCAAUGGCAGUUGUUCAGACUGGCACUGGUCAGGCGUUAACAUUAAGAAAGCCCAAGUGGAAAACUCAUGUAACUACAUACCAAAAGGUUUUGACUGCUGGUAAAAAACAUUUCUCUGAAAACGUGUAGCUUGUUUGUAUAUACAUUAAAAUAAAACAGAAAACAA